AUGCGACCAGCGAUAAUCCCAUUCGUUAGUGUUGGUGGUGGUGGUGGUGGCGAUGGUGAUGGUGGCGGCGGCGGUGUUCCAUCGAUGACGAUGGCCUUCGUCGUCGCGUCGUUUGUUCUUCGCUAUCCGACCAGGAACAACCACGAAUCGUACGCAACAAGCACCGCUUGCGAUGCGUGUGCUAUGUCUUAUCGUCGUCAGUUUGGUUCGCCACCUACCGGCGCCGCCACCGCCGCCGCCACCGCCGCCACUGUCACGAUACUCACGACACCUCUCUGA